GCAUCCACAUUUGGCGAGAACCUAACAGAUGGCGUUUUGACCUCGGGAUGCACGUGAUGUUGACCCCUGAGCCCCUGAGGGAGAUCAUCCGCUGUUUCUCCAUUGGGAAACAUGUUUAUCAUGGACUUGUUCGCUUUCAAGGGUACAUACAUACUUGUAGAAAUCAUAGCAAGGUGUUUUUAGAUACCUUCGUAAUUCUCUGCUAAGUUGGACUUCUCGCCCUUAGAACGACACCAAUUGCUAAUGCAUUUGUCGCAUAUGUCGCGUUUGUCGCAUUCAUCGGAUACGGCGGAUGCGAUCGGCUAGGGCCGUGGGCAGAAGAGAGAUACUCUUGCGUCCUCAUUUGAGGCUGGGGGAGGACACGACAGGUCAUCGUAAGACUUGACAAAGUCGGGGUCGCGCCCAUCCGGCUUUCAGAAAGGUCCUGUGUGGCAUGCGUGUCUUGGGUACCUAGGUGGGUGACCAAGAGCCUCACUGUAUCUAUGUAGCUAUGUGAGUCUCUGCAGUGCCUAGUAUCACUAUUAUUGAGUUGAGACGAAAUAUUUGAUUAUUUGGCAAGGAGAGGCCAGGUGCAGGCCGUGCAGGAACAUUAAGACGUAGAGCCAAGCCAAGCCACAUCUGCAUCUGCAUCUGCAAGCUGUAUGACAACGCCUCGCGCCAACAGCCCAGCACAGACCUCUAGACAGACAGUGCACACCUUGAAGCCAUCAUUGAUUCCUCGAUUAAAACACGAACACGACGGAAUUUUGACAGCCGGGUGAGCCCAUAAUCAACAGAGGACAACUUUUCGGCCGCAGACCUUAGCUACCCCUCUAUUUAAAUGCCCUGGAGGGCCCUUUGAGUCUACUAUCUUGUAACACUGUUGAAUUUCUAUUCGAUCACAACAUGGCGCCAAAAGUCAAAGCAGUCGCUGUCAAGCACGCCGAGCCUCAUGGCUAUGAAUUCUUUGGACCUCCUGGUGCAUUCAUUAUCUCUUUCGGCCUUCCUCUCGUCGUCUAUGCCUUCACUUUCCUCUGCAACGACAUUUCGGGUUGCCCAGUCCCUUCGGUUCUUGCUCCUUCGACAGCCACCAUCGAACAACUCAAGAGAGAUGCAGGAUGGCCCGCCAAUGGCAUAUACGGACUGGCAAGCUGGGAUGCGACAUUGAAAGUGGUUGGAUACUACUUGCUAAGUGCGAUACUUCACCGUGUAUUGCCAGGAGAGAAGAAGCUAGGUGUUGAGCUCUCAACUGGCGGCAAGCUCAAUUACAAGUUCAACACAUGGUCUUCGACAAUGGUUACAUUUGGUAUCCUCGCAGCAGGUACAGCUUAUCAAGGCGCAGAGUUCCCUGUUUGGACAUAUAUUUACGACAACUUCCUCCAAAUCGCCACGGCCAAUAUUCUCAUUGCCUACUUCCUCGCAACAUUUGUCUAUAUCCGCAGUUUCAGCGUUAAACCUGGCAACUCGGACCUCCGAGAAUUGGCAGCUGGUGGACACUCGGGUAAUAUGCUGUACGAUUGGUUCAUCGGUCGUGAACUCAAUCCUCGAGUUACGCUUCCCUUCCUCGGCGAGAUUGAUAUCAAGGAGUUCAUGGAGUUGCGUCCGGGCAUGAUGGGAUGGGCCAUAUUGGACUUUACCUUUAUUGCUCGCCAGUAUAGAUCUUACGGUUACGUGACCGAUAGCAUCCUGCUCGUUACUGCCUUCCAAGUCCUUUAUAUUCUCGACUCCUUCUGGAUGGAGAAUGCUAUCUUGACAACUAUGGAUAUCACAACCGAUGGCUUCGGAUUCAUGCUUUCAUUUGGCGACCUCGUCUGGGUUCCAUUCAUCUACUCCCUGCAAGCAAGAUACCUCGCUACUUACCCACUUACCUUGGGACCUCUCGGCACAGCUGGUGUUCUCGGAGUCGUAAGCAUUGGAUUCUACAUUUUCCGCAGCACCAACAACGAAAAGAAUCGAUUCCGCACUGAUCCGAACGAUCCUCGAGUCGCCCACCUCAAACACAUUGAGACAAAGUCCGGAUCCAGGCUCUUGGUCUCUGGCUGGUGGGGAAUGGCACGCCACAUCAACUAUUUCGGUGACUGGUUCCAGUCCUGGGCAUAUUGCCUCCCGACUGGUGUUGCAGGCUAUCUCGUUCAGCACAGCUCAGUUGCACCCGCAACUGGCCAGUCACUAGCCAACAAAUCCUUCGUGUAUAGCGGACCAACAGAACAUACUGAGGUCCUGCAAGGCUCUGCGAGAGGCUAUGGCAUUAUCGUUACGUAUUUCUAUGUCCUGUAUUUUGCAAUCCUUCUUAUCCACCGCGAGAGAAGAGAUGAAGCGAAAUGCAGGCGGAAGUACGGCGAUGACUGGGACAAGUAUCGGGAGAUCGUGAAAUAUCGCAUCAUACCUGGUAUUUACUAGGUGGUAAGGGUGAGAGUGGCUUGGAGUCUGGGCUUAAUUUGAAGCUGUAUAAUAUUUCCUUCUACUGGGACAGGGUCGUCCUUUACGAUUAGACAAGUUCUGCCGCAUGAUGAGUUGCUCUCGUCGCUUUAUGCGCAUAAUGAAGAUUUCCCUUACAAUAGCAAAUGUAAUCUACUCGCUAAGAAGCUUAUAAGAAUGUCAAAGUUUUGAAAACAAUACACUUCUCAAUUGAUAGUGUCAUUUUUACACUGGACACGAACCGCGGCACUCUAUAAUGUAGAGUUGCAUGUUAGGAACUUCAAGAAUGGGUACAUUCGGCCCGAUACUUGUAAGAUGGAGGAACAGUGGAAACUUGGGCCACUUUUUAAGUUGGGUUGGCAUACUGUACCAAGAGAUGAGGAGAAGUCAAGCUGCGGGGAGGUGGAGCAGAAGCGGGGUUGCUCUUGAAGGUGGGAUAGAGAGAUACUUGGAUUUGCAAAGGCAAAUUAUUCA